AUGGCUCAUGCUGCCGACUUCCACGGAAAUCAAUUGCGAUUAAGUGCAUUCCUUCGCGUUAUGGGAAAGGUGCCUGAACGACCGAAACGUCUUCAACGAACCAGGCAGGCGCUAUUGCCACUACCAAAACAAGAUGGCUUACCUGGUGCAACUCAAUCAAUGUAUCAAAAGCCAGCAGCAGCGGUAGAACCAGCGCAAGACGAGAACGCGGGCCUACCAGACGAUGACAUGCCACCUGCAGAGCUUGAGUCACGUGGAAGAACCUCUCAGGAACCAAGCUCGUCGAAAGACGGCAAUAUUUCUCGAGCAGGAUCUAGAUCAAGCGCCACUGUUCCCUCAAUAUUGUACGCACAGACAGGUUCAGUCAUGGAACAACGGCACUCGGCUUUCACUGAAGCAGCACCAGUAGUCAAACGGAAGAAGAAGAUCGUCUACACUGCUGGAAAGAAGCAGCCGAAGCAACCCAUGGGGGUUCUGAACGCUCGGAAAAAGCAUCCAUUACCCGAGAACGGUCUCGUGUUUGUGCGAGCGUCGACGGUAGAUGGAAGCGGCACUGGUUUCAACGAGCAUAUUGCCCAACAGGACCUUGUGCAUCCUUCGGUCGAACUUGAAUUUCAAGAUCUCCGCCAGGAUUCUGCAGAAUCGCCGCUUCGUGAUACCGCUGAGAACACUGUCCGGAAUCAACUUGCUAGAAUCACAGCUCCGUCCCGCGAGGAUGAUACGUCUGAAUCUUCCGACUUGGACGAAGAGGCCAGUGUGGACAUCAGUCGAUGGGGCUUAGAUGAUCCCCCCAAAAGCACUGAUCCCGAUGACCCGGAUCUGCGAGAUUCAGGAUUCGACCUAGGUGCUGAAGAGAUGGGAUACUUUGGGGGAGGCCAUGUACGGCAUGAAGAACGGAGACGAAGAUGGAUUCUGGUCGCAGUAUCCAGGACUUGA